AUGGCUGAGAAUUUUGAUGAUGAUGGGGUUGCUCCACAAAUUGCUAAUCCCGUCAUGUUGGCAGAUGAUCGAGCAAGGGCUAUAAGGGAGUAUGCAGCCCCCAUGUUUAAUGAGCUCAAUCCAGCAUUUGAGAUUUUGGAGACCAUUGCAAGUAACAACUAUCAAUGGUCCAACACUAGAGCUCCAACAAGUAGAAAAGUGGCGGGGGUUCUUGAGGUAGAUGCAAUAACAGCUUUGACAGCUCAAAUGGCUUCCAUGACGAAUGUUUUGAAGAAUUUGAGUAUUGGGAACGGUAAAAAUAUUCAACCAGCUGCUGCCAUUCAAAGUGAUGAUGUCUCAUGUGUGUUUUGUGGAGAAGGGCAUGUGUUUGAGAAGUGUCCAUCUAAUCCGGAGUUCGUUUGUUACAUGGGAAAUCAGAAUUUUAAUAGAAACAAUGGGGCAUUCUCAAACUCUUACAAUCAAUCUUGGAAGAAUCAUCCUAAUUUGUCUUGGGGAGGUCAAGGAGCAAGCUCAAGUACCGCACCAGCCCAAGGAAGACAAGUAUAUCCACCGGGUUUUUCACAACAACCCCGACAUUCACAACAUGCUCAAAAUGCCCAACCAAGUUCUUUGGAAAGUCUAAUGCGGGAUUAUAUGGCCAAAAAUGAUGCGGUGAUACAAAGUCAAGCUGCCUCUCUUCGAAACUUAGAGUUGCAACUUGGACAUUUGGCCAAUGAAUUGAAAGCUAGGCCGCACGGUUCUUUGCCUAGUGACACGGAGAAUCCAAGGAGGGAUGGGAAGGAGCAAUGCAAAUCCAUUCACUUGAGGAGUGGCAAGCAUCUGAACAAUUCCGAGGAGGAAAUAAAGGGUAGUGGGGAGCCCACUUCAAUCCAAAAUGACGAAAAGUUGAGUAAAAAAACUGCCCAGAAAAUUGCUGAUACUGCACCAGUUGAUACAAGACGGGUCAGCAAUCUGACAGUCAGCAAUCCGCACCAAUUUCGGAAACAGCAGCAAGAUGGGCAAUUCAAGAAGUUUUUAGAUGUGUUGAAGCAGCUCCAUAUCAAUAUUCCAUUGGUGGAAGCAUUGGAGCAAAUGCCGAACUAUGUCAAGUUCUUAAAAGACAUUUUGACGAAGAAAAGGAGGUUGGGAGAGUUUGAAACUGUAGCUCUUACCGAAGGAUGCAGCGCCAUGUUGAAAAGUAAGAUUCCACCGAAGUUGAAGGAUCCGGGUAGUUUUACAAUCCCUUGUUCUAUUGGGGGGCGGGAUGUUGGGCGAGCUUUAUGUGAUUUGGGUGCAAGCAUCAACCUCAUGCCUAUGUCGAUCUUUAAGAAGUUGGGUAUUGGUGAAGCACGUCCUACAACUGUUACAUUGCAACUUGCUGACAGGUCCAUGGCCCAUCCGGAAGGAAAAAUAGAAGAUGUUCUAGUACAGGUUGACAAGUUCAUUUUUCCAGCUGAUUUCAUCAUCCUAGACUAUGAAGCUGAUCGAGAUGUGCCUAUUAUCUUGGGUCGACCAUUCCUUGCUACCGGGAGAACUCUGAUUGAUGUGCAAAAUGGGGAGCUCACAAUGAGGGUGAAUGAUCAAAAAGUCACCUUUAAUGUGUUCAAUGCUAUGAGAUUUCCGGAUGAGAUAGAAGAGUGUUCCCGCAUAAGUGUAAUUGACUCGCUAGUGGCUGAAAAAUUUCACAAGGAAGCUUGGAGGGAUGAGAAAUUUAUAAGUUCUUUUGAUGAGCUUGAAGACUUGAGUGAAGAUGAAGACAACCAAGUUGCUUGGGUGGAGCCAUUGCAACCUAUUCCUAACUUCAAGAAGCCCUUUGAAUCUUUGGAGUUGAAGGAAAGUAAUUUUAAGCCUCCAAAACCCUCCAUCCAAGAACCACCGAAGUUGGAGUUGAAACCCUUGCCAAGCCAUCUGAAGUAUGCCUAUUUGGGGGAGAAUGACACGCUGCCAGUUAUUAUAGCAUCAAACUUGGUAGUUGAAAAUGAAGGUGCUUUGCUAGAGGUGUUGAAAAAGCAUAAGAAAGCAAUCGGGUGGACUAUGGCGGACAUAAGGGGUAUUAGUCCAACGAUUUGCACGCACAAGAUACUUUUAGAAGCUGGUUGUAGUAAUUCUGUUGAGCAUCAGCGAAGAUUGAAUCCCGUCAUGAAAGAAGUGGUGCGAAAAGAAGUGAUCAAGUGGCUAGAUUAUGGUAUUGUGUACCCAAUUUCGGAUAGCUCAUGGGUUAGUCCUGUUCAAUGUGUGCCCAAGAAAGGAGGAGUCACGGUGGUGGCCAAUGCAAACAAUGAGUUGAUUCCUACUCGAACCGUGACCGGUUGGAGGGUGUGUAUGGACUACCGGAAGCUAAACAAUGCUACUCGGAAGGAUCAUUUCCCGCUGCCAUUUAUUGACCAAAUGUUGGAUCGUUUGGCGGGAAAAGAGUUUUAUUGCUUUCUUGACGGAUAUUCGGGUUACAAUCAGAUUUCUAUAGCACCGGAAGAUCAAGAGAAAACCACCUUCACUUGUCCAUAUGGUACCUUUGCCUUUAGGAGGAUGCCAUUUGGAUUGUGCAAUGCUCCCGCGACUUUCCAAAGGUGUAUGAUGGCUAUUUUCUCGGAUAUGGCUGAAAGUAUUUUGGAGAUUUUCAUGGAUGACUUCUCUAUCUACGGGGAUUCAUUUGGGGUGUGUUUGGAGAAUUUGGAAAGAGUGUUAGCAAGAUGUGAAGAAACCAACUUGGUGCUUAAUUGGGAGAAAUGCCACUUCAUGGUUCAAGAGGGUAUUGUGUUGGGUCACAAAGUGUCUAGCAAGGGGAUAGAAGUUGACAAGGCAAAGCUAGAAGUGAUUGAGAAGCUACCAGCCCCUACCACGGUGAAAGGCAUAAGAAGCUUCCUUGGACACGCGGGUUUCUAUAGGCGCUUCAUUAAAGACUUUUCUAAGGUGUCCAAACCCUUGUGUAACUUGCUAGAACAAAAUAGACCAUUUGAGUUUACCGCUGAAUGUAAUGAAGCAUUUUUGAAGUUGAAGACAGCUCUUGUUACGGCCCCCGUGAUUGUAGCACCCGAUUGGUCAUUGCCCUUUGAACUCAUGUGUGAUGCAAGUGAUUUUGCCGUUGGGGCUGUUCUAGGGCAGCGGAAGAAUAAGAUAUUUCAUUCCAUUUAUUAUGCAAGCAAAACUCUUGUUGAUGCCCAAAUUAACUACACCACUACUGAGAAAGAGUUGCUAGCGGUGGUUUUUGCCUUUGAGAAAUUCAGAUCGUAUCUUGUGGGAACCAAGGUGGUUGUGUAUACUGACCAUUCGGCAAUCAAGUAUUUGAUAACCAAGAAAGAUUCUAAACCGAGGCUUAUUCGUUGGGUUUUGUUGCUACAAGAGUUUGACUUGGAAAUUCGAGACAGAAAAGGAACAGAAAAUAAAGUGGCGGAUCAUCUCUCUAGGUUGGAAACUAACAAUCACAGCAGCCACUUAGAGGGAGAAUUCCAAAUUCAAGACUCAUUCCCAGAUGAGCAACUGCUAUUGGUAGAGCAAACACGGGUACCAUGGUAUGCAGACAUUGUCAAUUACUUAGUUGGAGGUGCCCAUCCACCUGAUUUUACCAAGCAAACAGCCUCAAAAGUUCCUUCAUGA